UGAUAGGAAAGAAGAAAAAAAAAAGUGAGAAAAAACGAAGAAAAAAGAAUAAAAAGAAGUAAAAAGCACUGAGCGUCUCCAGACAUUAGGCUCAAAUUAGGGCAUAACCCUCACCGGAGACAGAUAAGCCAUGGGAAGAAGAAAAAUCGAGAUCAAGCGGAUCGAGAACAAAAGCAGUCGACAAGUCACUUUCUCCAAGCGACGCAGUGGUCUCAUCGACAAAGCUCGACAGCUUUCAAUUCUCUGUGAAUCUUCCAUCGCUGUCGUCGUCGUCUCCGCCUCUGGAAAACUCUACAACUCUUCCUCCGGUGAAGACAUGUCCCAGAUCAUCGAGCGCUAUGACAUACAACAUGCUGAUGAACUUAAAGCCUUAGAUCUUGCGGAAAAAACUCGGAAUUAUCUUCCACACAAGGAGUUGCUAGAAAUGGUCCAAAGCAAGCUUGUAGAACCAAAUGUGGAUAAUGUAAGUGUAGAUUUUCUAAUUUCUCUGGAGGAACAGCUCGCGACUGCUCUGUCCAUAAGUAGGGCUCGGAAGACAGAACUGAUGAUAGCCUCUGUGAAGUCCCUUCAAGAAAAGGAGAUGUUGCUGAGAGAAGAGAACCACGUUCUGGCUAGCCAGAAAAAAAGAAAUGUAAGAAAGUUUCUUACAGAUGGGGAAGAACACGUUUAUGGAAACCGAGGAUGAUCCAGGAACGUCAUCGGAAAAUAGCUCCAGAAACCAAACACCGGAGACUCUCCCGCUGCUCAAGUAAUAACCACCAUCAUCAACGGCAGAGUGUUCACUUCAAAUUUAAAGUCUGAUUCAGAUUUAUAAAAACAAAUUUGUAAAUUAUUAAAAAGCUGCAUAAUCUCAAACCUUUUUUAUCUUCCUCUAAUGUGGAAAUUAAGGUAGAACAAAAAAACCACGAAGCUUUUUCUCUAUAAACAACAAUUGUAAUAUUAAGAUCAAGUGUAUCGAUCAUUAUCCUACCUUCGGAGACAAACAUCAGAGUUCGUGUGUUUGUGUCUGAAAGUACGGAUGGAUUUAUGGUUCUGCUUUCUUCGGCGUGAA